GCUGUAACCUGAUCUUGUCUUGUGUAGCGGACUGUGCCCUGUUUCAGCUGUGCGUAUGUCAGUCCUUUGCUAAAUUAAUGCAAGCUGGUUGCUUUGCGUUAAUAACCCCCACGUCCCCUCUACCCAAACAAAUAUCUUGAGUUGUACAGUAGCAGCUGAUUGGGUGGAACCUGGGUAGCAACAGGAUACAGUAGUUGUAGCUGGAUUUCAUGAACUCCCAGGAUUGAACUGUCAGAGAGAGAAAGAGACCAGGGGAGGAAGGGUACUGCACUUGCUCUACUGUACUGAACUUUCAUUAUUUGUGCUUAAUGAACACAAGCUUGAGAUGACAGAGGAAGCAGAGAUGGACUUUACAACUAGUGACCUGUGUAUCAGUGCAUACCCAGCAGAUACCACCGGAAUGGACAUCACCAGCCGAUGCACCCUUGGAGACCCCAAUAAGCUGCCGGAGGGAGUGCCACAGCCGGCACGAAUGCCCUAUGUGUCAGACAAGCACCCACGGCAGACUCUGGAGGUUAUCAACCUGCUGCGCAAACACCGGGAGCUAUGUGACGUGGUCCUGGUGGUGGGCACCAAAAAGAUCUAUGCCCACCGUGUAAUCCUGUCGGCCUGCAGCCCUUACUUUCGCGCCAUGUUUACAGGUGAGCUGGCUGAGAGCCGGCAGACGGAGGUGGUGAUCCGUGACAUUGAUGAGCGUGCCAUGGAGCUCCUCAUCGACUUCGCCUACACCUCACAGGUCACUGUGGAGGAGGGAAACGUGCAAACCCUGCUCCCUGCUGCCUGCCUUCUGCAGCUGGCUGAAAUCCAGGAGGCCUGCUGCGAGUUCCUCAAACGGCAGCUAGACCCCUCCAACUGCCUGGGCAUCCGUGCCUUCGCUGACACCCACUCUUGCCGUGAGCUGCUGAGGAUCGCAGACAAGUUCACUCAGCACAACUUCCAGGAGGUAAUGGAGAGUGAGGAGUUUAUGCUGCUGCCAUCCAACCAACUGAUCGAUAUUAUUUCGAGUGACGAGCUAAAUGUGCGCAGUGAGGAGCAGGUGUUCAGCGCAGUGAUGGCCUGGGUGAAAUACAGCAUUCAAGAAAGACGUCCCCAGCUACCACAGGUGCUGCAGCAUGUUCGAUUACCACUCCUAAGCCCGAAGUUCUUAGUUGGGACAGUGGGAUCGGAUCCCCUUAUAAAGAGUGAUGAGGAGUGCAGAGACCUGGUUGAUGAAGCCAAGAACUACCUGCUCCUACCUCAAGAACGCCCCUUAAUGCAGGGACCAAGAACGCGUUCACGAAAGCCCAUCCGCUGUGGAGAGGUUCUUUUUGCAGUUGGAGGCUGGUGCAGUGGGGAUGCAAUUUCCAGUGUGGAGCGAUAUGACCCCCAAACAAACGAAUGGCGCAUGGUGGCUUCGAUGAGCAAGAGACGCUGUGGAGUUGGUGUGAGCGUCCUGGAUGAUCUCUUGUAUGCAGUAGGAGGACAUGACGGCUCUUCGUAUCUUAACAGUGUAGAAAGGUACGAUCCCAAGACAAACCAGUGGAGCAGUGAUGUGGCCCCCACCAGCACCUGUAGGACCAGCGUUGGAGUGGCCGUCCUCGGAGGGUAUCUGUAUGCAGUGGGAGGGCAGGAUGGGGUCUCCUGUCUCAACAUUGUUGAAAGGUAUGACCCUAAGGAGAACAAGUGGACACGGGUCGCUUCAAUGAGUACCAGACGUCUGGGAGUGGCAGUUGCAGUGUUAGGAGGGUUCCUCUAUGCAGUAGGGGGGUCAGAUGGGACCUCCCCUCUCAAUACCGUUGAGCGCUACAACCCUCAAGAGAACCGUUGGCACACUGUGGCGCCAAUGGGAACCCGUCGUAAGCAUCUGGGCUGUGCAGUGUACCAGGACAUGAUCUACUCUGUGGGAGGACGAGAUGACACCACGGAGCUCAGCAGCGCAGAGAGAUACAACCCCAGAACCAACCAGUGGUCUCCUGUGGUGGCCAUGACUUCAAGAAGGAGUGGGGUUGGUUUAGCUGUAGUAAAUGGACAGUUAAUGGCAGUUGGAGGCUUUGAUGGUACAACAUACCUGAAAACCAUUGAGGUGUAUGAUCCUGAUGCGAAUACAUGGAGGCUUUAUGGUGGAAUGAACUAUCGCAGGCUUGGUGGAGGAGUAGGGGUAAUUAAAAUGACUCACUGUGAAUCUCAUAUAUGGUAACCCUUGUGCCUCCACGUCUUGAGCUGCUUAUCAGACAUGUUAACCACAUGUAUAAUAGAAGAUUAUACAAAAAAAGUGUAAUACAAAUGUAAAACCAUCUAAGUGACACAACCUGGAUUUAUACCUGAAUGAUCCCUGCAGUGCAAGAUGUCCAAAUGAUCCAUCAUUGGAGUUUCUAUGCAGCUUUUAUUGACUGGAGUGCACCUUUGACUGCGUUUUAGUGCCUAUAGUAAUGUCAGAUUGCAGAAGCUAUGUUUUUAUUUUGGAUGCAUUACCUGGCAAAGGACUGAACAGCAUUUACCGGAUAGGGACAGUAUUUAUUUAUUUUUUAUGCAUUUAGACUUUAAAUGCAUUCUAAACCUAUCCAGUGAUAUAUGGUUGAAUGCCAACAUUUAAGAAAGUCUGAAGACAAAAAGUCAUCACUCCUUGCAUACAGUGGAUUCACCUUGCAAGAGGCUGCCAAGGACUUGUCCUCUUUGCCAGGUGAAGAAGCAAUAUCGGUUGACUGAAGUCAUUCAGCAAGAGCAUUUUAUGCAAUGAAUAAAUUGUUUGAAGUGUCUGUGAA